UACAGGUGCCUGCCACCACCUGCAGCUAAUUUUUCUAAUUUUAGUAGAGACGGGGUUGGCCAGGCCGCUCUCCAUCUCCUGACCUCAAGUGAGGUCUUAGCCUCCCAAAGUGAUGGGAUUACAGGUGUGAGCCACUGUGCCCAGCCCACAUUACUCCUUUUCUGAUUAAACUAUCUCUUCAGAUUAAAGCCUUUGGGUAUAUAUACUGGAGGCAAUUGGAAUUCUUAAACCUUUCUCUUUCUAUAACUUUUUUUCACAUAUUUAGAAGAUUGCUGAGCCCCCUUUUAUAUGUUGCUGUGAUCUUUGGAUGAGUAACUGGGAUAAGAAUGCUGGCUAUCUUUAGAGGAAGGCUUUUUAAAUAAAUUGAGAAAAAUGUAAAGCAUCAUUCCUAUAAAAUGUCCACUGAAAGAGCUUUUAUAGAUAUUCACUUUUAUUUUUUAUCAUUUUUAUUUUGUAGAUUGACAGACAAAAUUAUAUAUAUUUACCAUACACAACAUGAUGUUUUGAAAUAGACACACAUUGUGGAAUGGCUAGCAUGCUGAUUAACAUAUGCAUAACCACGUUUCCUUUCACGAUGUUGAACCCUGACAUAAUUUUUUUUUUUUGCAAACAUCUCAUUCUGGAGAAGGAAAUGAUUUUUUAACUAAAAUAAACAUACAUUGGAAAUACUUACUGCUAAGAUAAGCCUGAAGGAAAGGAUAGAAGAAUGAUGAAUCAGAAAACUGACUGUCAAGAAACCAAUUAUUUAACAUAAAACACUAUUAAAGAUAAGCCACGAAAUGUAAGUCCUGCUGGGUAGGAAAGCGGCAACCGCAGUGAAGCAUCUCUUUAUAUCACGCAGGUCUAUAACCAACAGUGAAUCUAGCAAAAGUUAUUUUCUGAUUUGGGGGAGAAACUUCUGCUUAUUGAAAAAAAUCGAAAAUGUUUAAACUUCUUGAGUGCCAACGUCAAUUAUUCUAAAUCUUAAAACCACAGUUUUAAUUUUGCUUUUUUGUUAGUUUUUGUACUUUGGAGUAUUUGUCUACCUUAUCUUUCUAUAUUUGCCAUAUUUAGAGUCCAAAGUAAAAUCAAAUUGUUUCUCUCCUCAAGUUAAAUGGCUCUUUCUAUCUUUUUCUUUAAAAAUCGUUUAAGAAAGUAAAACUUCUAAAGCAAGUCAAAAAGAAAAAAUGCCCCAAAUCUGAAAAUGGGGUAGCUUUUCUGGCAGUAGCGCAACUUCUGCAAGUAUUACAAACGAGAUUCGGUAUCAGAAUUUUAAAGCUCCGGUAACAAAGCCAUCCUGUUGACUCUGAAGAGAUUUAUGAAAUCACUUUCCUGAUGUUACUGAAACCAAAACACUUUCCUGGACGCUAAAUUCAGUCCUAAACAAAGGGCCUCCAACCAACAGCUGUCAUGGGCUGAAUGAGUUAGACUCAACAUCGUGUGACGGGAAAACAGUAAACACAAGCUAACAUUUAAAAGGAAUUGAUGGCAUGGUAUAAAUUGGAAAUCCAAGGAGAGCCUGGCUUCAGGUAUGGGGUUCUCUCUCAUGCUCUCCAAUCCGCAUUCUCUGGAUUAGGUCCAUUUUCAGACAAGCUCCUCCAGCAACUACAUACCAUACAUCUUCUCAGGUGUGGGUCCUGCGGGAAAACGAAUGCACUUUUUCUCCAUUAGUCUCAAAUAAACUCUCACUGGCUCUGGUUGAAACACGAAACUAUCCUUGUCCAUUCGCCAUGGCCCUAGUCACUGAAUGUCUUCACACCCUGGACUAGUAAUAGAGUCCAUUGCAAAGCAACUGGACUGAGGAUGGGAAAUGAGUGAUUCCCAGAGUGAAACUGAGGUACUAUUACUAAAUUAAGAUACACCAAAAUGAAGACAGCCACCAACAUCUACAUUUUCAACCUUGCUCUGGCAGAUGCCUUAGCCACCAGUACCCUGCCCUUCCAGAGUGUGAAUUACCUAAUGGGAACAUGGCCAUUUGGAACCAUCCUUUGCAAGAUUGUGAUCUCCAUAGAUUACUAUAAUAUGUUCACCAGCAUAUUCACGCUCUGCACCAUGAGCGUUGAUCGAUACAUUGCAGUCUGCCACCCCGUCAAGGCCUUAGAUUUCCGUACUCCCCGAAAUGCCAAAAUUGUCAAUGUCUGCAACUGGAUCAUCUCUUCAGCCAUUGGUCUUCCUGUAAUGUUCAUGGCUACAACAAAAUACAGGCAAGGUUCCAUAGAUUGUACACUAACAUUCUCUCAUCCAACCUGGUACUGGGAAAACCUGCUGAAGAUUUGUGUUUUCAUCUUCGCCUUCAUUAUGCCCGUGCUCAUCAUCACCGUGUGCUAUGGACUGAUGAUCUUGCGCCUCAAGAGUGUCCGCAUGCUCUCUGGCUCCAAAGAAAAGGACAGGAAUCUUCGAAGGAUCACCAGGAUGGUGUUGGUGGUGGUGGCUGUGUUCAUCGUCUGCUGGACUCCCAUUCACAUUUACGUCAUCAUUAAAGCCUUGGUUACAAUCCCGGAAACUACAUUCCAGACUGUUUCUUGGCACUUCUGCAUUGCUCUAGGUUACACAAACAGCUGCCUCAACCCAGUCCUUUAUGCAUUUCUGGAUGAAAACUUCAAACGAUGCUUCAGAGAGUUCUGUAUCCCAACCCCUUCUGCCAUUGAGCAACAAAACUCAGCUCGAAUUCGUCAGAACACUAGAGACCACCCCUCCACAGCCAAUACAGUGGAUAGAACUAAUCAUCAGCUAGAAAAUCUGGAAGCAGAAACUUCUCCAUUGCCCUAACAGGGCCUCAUGCCAUUCCGACCUUCACCAAGCUUAGAAGCCACCAUGUAUGUGGAAGCAGGUUGCUUCAAGAAUGCACAGGAAGCUCUAAUUCUCUAGGAAUGUGUGUGCUUUUAGGUCAUCCAACCUCUCUCCUCUCUGGCCACUCCACUCUGCACAUUAGAGGGACAGACAAAGUAAGUGGAGCAUUUGGAAGGAAAGGAAUAUACCACACUGACAAGUCCAGUUUGUGCAAGACACCCAAUGGAACCAAAACCCACCAUGGCAUGUGAAUUGAAGUCAUCAUAAAAGGUGACCCUUCUGUCUGUAAUAUAUUGUUUUCAAGCAAAUAUUUAUGACCUCAUUAAAGAAAAAUCACCUUUGUUAAGUUCACCAUAGUAACACACAAAGUAAAUGCUACCUCUGAUCAAAGCACCUUGUAUGGAAGGUCCAAGUCCUGCUAGUGCUUUGCAAGGGAAUGAAUGCAUUAUGCUAUUUUUGACCUUUAAUGUUCACCUUAAACUUAGCAUGUGGCUAAGACAUCAUUUUCACCUCUGUUUCUUGUUUUUGUAUUGUUUAAAAAAAUAGCAUCUCUCUCUCAUCUAGCUCCAUAACUGCAAGGGAAGAAAUUAGCAUGAAACAUAAUCUGAAACACAGUAAUAUGUCAGGCUGUAGAAGAGUUGAAUCUCAUGCACUGCAAAUACUUCCAAAGAGUCGUCAUGGGGGAUUUUCCAUUCUCAGGCCUUCAAUGGUUUGUUUCCUGGUUUUAAAUGUGCAGUUUUCUUGCUCCUAUUUAAGUGUUCACAAAAGGUAAUAGUCAAUGAGCUCAUCACUUCACCCAUGCAGGAAGUCAAGCAUUAAAAUGUGCUAUUUCUCACUGGUUUCUCCAUGCUGCAUGCUCCCCACAUAUUAUUUUCUUUUUUAAACUCAGUUUAGAAUUCUUAUGCCUUUUGAAUCAGCGUGAUAAAAUGACAGAUGUUCUUGUUGAUUGCCAGAACAGUUUAAGCUAUUUUUUUAAAAAAAUAGAUCCAAUAAAUGUAAUCUCAAGACAGAAAGACUGAAAUGACCAUAUAGAAAAGUGUGUCAUCUACUUUUCAAUCCUGUGUAGCUACUUGGACAUGAAAUAUUAACAAUCGUCCAAAAAUAUUUUCCUGAAGAUUGUGUUUAUAUAAUGUCAUCACCAAUAUUUGGUCUUUUUGGUCUCUGCUUAAUGUCAAGAUUUCCUUUGUAAAGUGUCAAUCUUCUAAAUAGUUUCUCUAAGACAAUUCUCUUUGACUGGUUUUCUUUGUUGUAAAAUAUAGUAGAGAUUUGGCAAUCACCCAUUUUACUUGAUCUAGGUAGACAGCCAAGUCAGAUGGCUUAUGCCGAGAAGCUCUCCCCUUUGAACUUUUGUCAGCAUUGAUUAAGUGAAUCAAAUACCAUGUAGUUAUCUAUGAAGAUACCAGUAAAAAAACUAGGCUGCUGACUUCUGAGUAUUUCUCAGUCUACAAUCUGCCAGAAGACUCCAUUGUAAAAUUUGCAUUUCUUCAUCGAUCUGACAAGGCGCAAAUAUGUGCCAGAUAUCCGAAAGCAAUGUUUCUGGAAAACAUCUGUCGUGGAUCAGAAUAACUGAAUUUACCCUCAGAUCUAUUGGCUCUAGUUAUGUGGACUCAACCCAUGUGUUCAGUAGAUGAGAAAAAAACAAAAUAAGAGUUUUAGUGUUUCCUUCUGAUGAAGCCUCAUGUUUGUUUGUAACAAUUUCUAUUUCUCAAAUAUUAUGUUCCAUAACAGACAUGUAUUAUGUUUAAUUUUUUAUAUUUUCUUACCAAAGUAACUAAAACUAGGACCUUAGAAAGAUUUAGAAUGUUAAAUAAGUAUAUUAGUGUGUAUAUAUUUACAUGUAUACACUACUAGAGCUUCCAUAAGUAAAAUGGAUAAUUCAAAGAGAACACAAUGAAAUAUUUGUAGGUAAAUAACUGAGGAGGAAAAUUCAUGCUUUUCAUGGGCUAUGAUGGUUUCUCUCAAGGGAUGACAUAGUAUUGCUUCUUCUCAUCAGGCUGUUUUUCAACAAUCAUUGUUUCUGUCUAACAGCAGCUCCUAGUAUGAAUUACCUGGCACAUUGUUGAGAGCAACUUCACCUUCAAGUAGGCCCUGAUCUAUCUUUUCCCACAAAUGUCAUGUGUUUGAACAAGUUUCUUCCAUGUCAUUUUUGAGACUCGACACAGAAUACACAAUAAAGGGGGUUAUUUUUUAAAGGACAUUCUAAAGUAAACAAUAAAUAAGUGCAUGUCAACAUUUUUCUUCAAAACCAUUUUUAAGGAAAAUUUGUUAGAACCUCCUGGCAAUUCCAAGGUAAGUAGCAACAUGACACCCUGACUCAACUAGAUGGGCUAAGGUUUCUGAUAAAAUCUGACAACAAAGAAAAUGGAAUAUUCUGCUUUUUUCUUCCUUCUAAUUUCUCCCUUGCCUAAGGAUGAGAGUUCUUCCUGGGUUGCUAUCCCAGAAAUGCAGACUGUAAAUAAGGGGCAGAAGUUUUGCUUCUUCACCUGAUCACUUGCUAUGGAAAUUCUAGUUUAUUGUGUCCCAAGUAGUUAGUGAUCUUUUCUCCUUCAGUCUCCACGGUUACUUUGCUCCUGCACCUCUCUUUACUUGCUAAUCAUUAGAAAAGAAAGAAGAGGAAAGAGACUCAACUGGGGCAAUGGUGAAUCCCUAGGACUCUGCUAUUAAUGGCCUCAUGGGAAAAGGGUAUCUGUCCUCAGAAGGGGAUUUGAUCAUACUUUUGUUUUAAGCCUCUAGCUGUAAUAUUCCAGACCUACCUUAACAAUUUAAUGAUGUUGAAUAAAAGAGUAUAGUGAAGAAGCUAAAAUUUGAGCUUCAGGGUCAUGCAGACCCACAUCUGAACAAACUGAAAUUUUUUGGCUUUGUGGUUUUGAGCAACAUAUUUAAGCUUUCCUAGUGUCAGUCUUCCCUUGAAACCAUGGAUAAUAGCAACCUUACUGAAUUGUGCUAAAGAUUAAGUGACAUGAUAUAUACAAAAAGCUUCGCCUACCAGGCAGCAAAUGCUUUCCAUUUGCAAUGAAAAUUACAAAUGAAAACUAUCAAUACCAAAACAACAAGGGAAACUUGGGAAAUUCACUGGGAACAACCUCUGCUCACCUUUGGCACAAAACCCUGAGAGAAACCUCCUUGAGAAGACAGGAAGACCCUCAAGGGGAGCCUUCUGUCAUAAACAACCCCAACAGGGCUGUCAGAAGGAGGACUGCUAAUCUGGCCAUUUGAAACACUUCUCAACAUUGAAAUAGAUAGUUGCAGUUUUAAAAUAAACACUUCUAAGACAGUUAUGAGGAGGUAAGAGAACAUUUAUUUUCUUCAAUAAUAUGACUGUGUUGAUAAAAGUGAUAUCCAUUCACUUGCAAAUUUUAUUAUUGAAAAGGUCUCACUUAGCUCAUUUAGUAUUACCAAAAAAUGCUAACAAAUUCUGUUUCCAGCAUUAUCACAGCAUGCCUUUUACAUCUCAGGAGCUAGGCAAAAGUUGAAAUUCAGAAACAUAGAUAUGAAAUGCAACUAAGAUACAAAGAAAAUACCUCUGAAAAGAUUCUCACCAUAUUUGUCACAAAGCCACCAAAACAUUCAAAGUCUUUACUUAAGUCUAUUUAUAUGUUUAAAAGCUAAAAACAAGAUAUUUUUGGUAAUUCUUCAAUUAAAUAUUUCAUGUAAAUAUGUGGAAAUAAGAUGCAUACUACAUCUCUCAUAUAAUAAUCAGUUUUAUAUAGACAUAGUCUCCAUCGACUGAUAAUUACCAAGAUAAGAUGGCACUAGAAAUUUCUCCAGCUUAUGCCAUGAAUAUUGUAGAAGCAGAUACUGUCUGUUAGGGUAUUACAAAUUCUAGAGGGUUCUAGCCAAAGCAACCUAAGAAUAGGACAUGGUAGCUUAAGUUUCUCAGCCUCUCAACUGGCCACACACAUCCAAGUUUUGGUCGAACAAUUCUUGAGGUCAAUCAGAACCAAAAAACUGUUACUGGAAGAAACAUUAUCCUCUUCAUAGAAAUAUCCACCAACAGAAAAUUAGUUUCUUAAGGAAUCCUUACUGCCAUUUUAGAAACAUCAAGAUUAUUGCCUAGAUUCUCAACAUAAUUCUUUACUCAUAGGUCUAUUGCUUGGGCUCAGGAAAAGAGUGAGAACAUGAAACUUUGUAAAUGUCUGGGACUACCCUAUUUCCCCCAGUUUGAGAUGGUUCAGGAUCUAUAGUCAUAGAAGAGGGCAUGCAGAUUCCAUUUAAGACCACUGCCAGUAAGGUCUAAGGCAAAAGUCAAAGAGUUCAACUCUGGGACAUCCAUUAAAGAGCCAUUUAAUCCAUCUAAUUACAAACAAUUUUACCCAUAGUCAAUGUUCCCCACUGUCAUCAAAAACGUUAAAAGUACAAGGAAUUGUGUACAUUACAAACUGCUCCAGAAGCAAAACCAAAUGUGGAUAGCAUUGUGAGGGGCAGUGUGUGGCAAAUGUUCAACCUUUUGUUAUGUAAUACCACCAUGAUAUUUCUUAAAGCAGUAGACAGAUGAGUCAAGUUCAAUUUAAUGCAAACAGUAUUACUGUGUCCUAAGCAAUUCUGUUACCUGGAAAGGGAUCUGAUCCCAAUCCCAAAAGAGGGUUCUUGAACCUUAUGCAAGAAAGAAUUCGGGGGAGUCCAUAGAGUAAAGUGAAAGUGAAACAGGUCAGAGUCAAUGGUCUUGUUGUCUAAAGUGUUAUCCGAGGUUGUCUCACAACCAAGAAAAUUAAGGAGCAUGGACACAAAGGGUGAAGUUGGAGUGAAAGUUUAAUAAGCAAAAGAAGAAAGCUCUCUGCAGCAGAGAGGGGAGCUCAAGAGAGUUGCUGUUUUUAUAGCUGAAUCCAAAGCUUUUAUCAGAAACUCCUCUCAUCUCCGUAGCUAUUUGAGUAACUUCUCUUAUCUGAAAGCUAUCUCUACAACUGCCUCUAUAUAUGCAGCUGCGGGAUGUCUCCAGGAGAGCACAAAACGUAGCUUCUCUUGUUUGUAUAAUUGUGGGUUUAAGUAAGCUUCUAUCCUCCCUGUGCAAGUUCCCAUGGAGCAGAAAAAAGAAGGAAACUUUUUCCUGGGAGCCUGCUAAUUGCACAAUGAACAAAAGGCUUCUAUGCUGGGCCUUACCUUCUAACAGUGCAGCAGUUAAAGUCCGAGUUUUCCCCAGGCUGAUCCAUUUUUGCCUGUAGCUGUGAUUUUUCAGGCAGGCUGCUUCUCCAAGGACUAGUCUUAGCUAUCUACCUAAGUGAUGUUUCCUUUUCUUCUCCCUCUAAAGCAAGUUUAUUAGGAAAGUAAAGGAGCAAGGAAUGGCUACUCCACAGGCAGUGUAGCCCCAAGGGCUGCUGGUUGGCUAUUUUGUGGUUAUUUCUUGAUUAUAUGCUAAACAAGGGGUGGCUUAUUAAUGAGUUUUCCGGGAAAAGAGUGGGCAAUUCCUAGAACUGAGGAUUCUUCCCUUUUUAAGACCAUAUAAGGUAACUUCCUGACAUUGCCAUGGUAUUUGUAAACUGUCAUGGUACUGGUGGGAGUGU